AUGAAGUACGACUACAGUUGCAGUCUGGCUGUCCAACGUCCCCUAAGAAACGCAAGAGUGUUGACAAGCAAUGCCGACUGGAGUGAAAAGUUGGCUCACAUAGCCCAGGAGAAAGCAGCCAGCUGUCCCGUGGAACUUCUUCAUGCCCAACAUUCUGCAGUGGAGCAUGAGAGGCACAUUGGCUGGAACAUUUAUGUCUCUUCAGAAGGCUCUAAAUCUUUUGCUGAGGUCACUGAGCUAUGGUUCAGAGAGCAGAAGAAUUACAACUAUUUGACAGGGCAGUGUGCAGAAAAUACCACAUGCAACCAUUACACUCAGAUGGUUUGGGCUACUUCCAGCAAGCUGGGUUGUGGAAAACAUAGCUGCAUUGAGAACUGGAAGAAGAAAGAGGUGUUUGUCUGUGCCUACUCCCCUGGUGGUAACUGGGAAAUUGAUGGGAUAACAAUUGUGCCAUACAAGAAAGGAGCCUGGUGUACUCUCUGUACAUCACAAAUGUCAGGCUGUUUUAAGUCUUGGGACCAUGAUGCAGGCCUCUGCGAAAUUCCCAAGAAUCCAUGCCGCAUGAGUUGUGGAAGGAAUGGCUGGCUUAACAUAACAACGUGCCAGUGUCAGUGCUCAGGAGGAUACACAGGACGGUACUGCCAAGUCAGAUGCAGCGUACCGUGCAUCCAUGGAAAAUUUAAAGAAGAGGAAUGCUCCUGUAUAUGUGAUGUUGGAUACGCAGGUGCAGAAUGCAAUGAAAAGGUUCAGUUCCCAUAUCAUACCUGUGACAUCCAGAUAGAUGGCGACUGUUUCAUGAUCUCAUCUGAAGCAGAAAAUUACUACGGAGCCAAAAGCAAAUGCCAGGAAAGAGGUGGGAUUCUAGCACAUAUAAAGAAUCAAAAAGUCCAAGAUAUACUUGCUUUUUACCUUAGUCGCUUAGAAAACACCAAUGAAGUGACUGAUCCAGAUUUUGAAACCAGAAAUUUCUGGAUUGGCUUAACAUAUAAAAUGUCCAGAGACUCCUUCAAAUGGGACACAGGAGAAGAACCCCUGUUUACCAGCUUUGCCAUUGGACAGCCUAACAAUCAAGGGUUUGGAAACUGCGUGGAGAUGCAGGCAUCGAGUGCAUUCAACUGGAAUGAUAAGCAGUGUAAGACACGCAACAGAUACAUCUGCCAAUUUGGACAAGAACAUAUAGCUGCAUGGGAGGUGCAGCAGUAAAUUACUUCCAUUUAUGGACAACAUCCUCGUGUGCUGAAUAAGCAUGCCAAUGUGUUUAGUGAUCUAUGAUCAAGUGGACAGCAGCAUCUAAUGACACUGUGGGUUGUGGUCUGUGACACCUAACUGUUAGCUCAUACCACAUUCUGAAUUAAAAUUCAUCUAGCAAUAGAGGGCAACAACAUGGCUAUGGUUCAUGUAAAGAACCUGCCCUCUCUCCCUAAAAUGACACAAAAGUAACAGUGCUACAUCUGCUUAUCUGACCAAUUACAGCACGGAGCUUGGAGGAACCAGAUGCUUUUUGUGAACAGAGCUUUUGCUGGCAUUAGCUUAUGACUCCAUGUAAUACUUUUAGAAUUAUUUUCUAAAGUGGAAUCUGUUUUGUAGUAAACAACAAUUAAAAAGUAUAUUUAUUCCAUUUAAA